AACAAACAAAAUGCGAAUAUUUAAGACUUGUUAAAUCAACUUUUUGGUUAUCUGCAGUUAACAUUGCCGCUGUUAGCAUACGCGCGCACUGUUACCAUUUCCCAUGCUGAAAAUUUAAAUCCCAAACAGCUGUUUGGUGAUGUUGACGCAUUGUUUUUUUUGUUUGCACGCUCUAACGAAAUUGUAGUUUUAACUGAAAUUCAGAAUGGAGGUGGAAUUUAGCAAGGAGAACUUUCUGCUGCCCGAAACCAAAUAUGAAUACUUGGACCACACGGCGGAUGUGCAGUUACAUGGCUGGGGCACAACGCUGAAAGAGGCGUUUGAACAAUGCGGCGUGGCCAUGUUUGGCUAUAUGACAGAGCUGGAUUAUGUUUCCGUGGAAUCGUGCUACGAAAUCGAAGCCAAGGGCGAUGACAUCGAAGGACUAUUGUUUCAUUUUCUUGACGAACUCUUGUUCCUGUUUAGCUGCGAACCAUUUUUGGUGUGCAAGAAACUGGAAAUCACAAAAUUCGAUGUUGAAAACUUUGAGAUCGUCUGUCGCUGCUAUGGCGAACCCUUCGAACUCGGCAAACAUCCUCAGGGCACCGAGGUGAAGGCAAUCACAUAUUCGGCAAUGCAAGUUGUCCAGGAUGUGGAGCGCAGCAACUUCGAAGUGUUUGUGAUAAUUGAUAUUUGAGUGGAAGGUAUUAAAGUGAAUUUGACAUUGUUGUUGUUAGCU